AAAAGGCAAAAUGAAGGUUCAGUUUUUUCCUUUUGAAAAAUACUAGCACAUUUCUUUCACUCCAUAUUCUUUUAUUCUCAUAUUUUAGGGCAAAUAAAAAUAUGCCAAACUAGUAAGUUCCUUUUUUUAAUAUUUAUUUCUUAUGUAAAUUAUUUUAAAAUUUGAAAAUAUUUUUUAAAGAAGCUAGUGAGAGAAGUAGUUGAUGGAUCCAUGAUGGGGCAGCUGAGGAAUUAGAGUGGAUCAAAAGCCGAGUCCAGUUGUUAAAAGCAAAAGUCAAAAUAGGAAAGGGUGAGGCACAUAAGAUGAGUGGCUGAAAGCAACAAAGUUUAACCGCAGAAGGCAAAACCAGUAUCCAGAAAGGGUUGAUUGAACAUAUGAUAAAUGGAAAAAGAAGAGGAAGAAAAGAUUCUCCAAUCGUACCCCCACUACUGGGGGUUCACACCGGAAGAAGAGUACUACAAGCAGCAAGGAAUCACAUCCAGUAGCUCCCCUUUCAGAACCCAGGGAGGCCCCACGCUCUUCACGCGCUCAUGGGUCCCAGGCCCACCCAGCCCUCGACGCGCCCUGCUCUUCAUGCUCCACGGCUACGGCAACGACAUCUCCUGGACCUUCCAGUCCAGCCCAAUCUUCCUGGCCCAAAAGGGGUUCGCCUGCUUCGCCCUCGACCUCCAGGGCCACGGCCGCUCCACCGGCCUCAAGGCCUACGUCCCCAACGUGGACCUCGCCGCACGCGAUUGCCUCUCCUUCUUCACCUCCGUCAAACAAAACCCCCUCUUCCACGCCCUCCCCUCCUUCCUCUGGGGCGAGUCCAUGGGCGGCGCCAUCGCCCUCCUCAUCCACUUCCUCCAACCCCAAGCCUUCCACGGCGCCGUUUUGCUCGCCCCCAUGUGCAAAAUCUCCGACAACGUCAGGCCCAAGUGGCCCAUCCCCCAGAUCCUCACUUUCCUCGCCAGAUUCUUCCCCACCCUCCCCAUCGUCCCCACCCCCGAUCUCCUCUACAAGUCCGUCAAAGUCGACUACAAGAAGGUUAUCGCCGACAUGAACCCCUUCCGCUACAGGGGCAGGCCCAGGUUGGGAACCGUCGUCGAGCUUCUCAGGGUCACUGAUUUCCUCAAUCGGAGCCUCCGCGAUGUCACUCUUCCCUUUAUUGUCUUACAUGGCAGCGCCGAUGUUGUCACCGAUCCCAACGUCAGCAGGGAGCUCCACCGCGAGGCUAGGAGCCACGACAAGACCAUCAAGGUGUACGAUGGGAUGAUGCAUUCCCUGCUCUUCGGAGAAACCGAUCACAACGUUGACAUCGUUAGGAACGAUGUUCUGUCAUGGCUCCUCGCUAGGUGCCCUCACUCGUGAUAUUCGAGGAUUCUUAUUGUGCGUGUGAAUGUGAUGAUGCGUUUCGUUAAUAACAGGGCUCCUAUGCUAUGUGACCUAUCCUUUCUACUAUGUAUACGCUCAGUUUCUUUGUUAUUCACAAAACAUGAGGUCGUUUUUUAUGUGCCCAGUUCGUGUCACCGCCACAUGUUUUGACGCAAAGCAUAUGUUCUUCAAUCACAGCCUUUACACAAUCUCAUGUUUCUCCCAUUCUUGUAAACAAAUUACUGUUGCUUAAUGCAUAUGCCAGUUAUUGGAGAAGUGCUGUUCAUACAAAUAUUUUAUUAGUUAAAAGUUAUAGAAGUUUGUAAAUUUUACUUUUAA